CUCACCGUGGGAAGCGGGUGGCGACAGGCGCAGGAGAAAGAGAUUGCUCCAAACAAAUUCUCUUUGCCUCACUUCUCUUCCUUAUUUUCCACAACCCAGGGCUGCUCACAUUCUGCAGGGCAUGGGGAACGGGUCCUCCCACCAUCUGCCCUACACCAUCCAGGGAGGUGCUCCUCAGAGGAGAAGCCAGAUGGAGAAGAAGAACCCCUGAGGGAGCUGGAUGGGACCCCAAAGGAUCGGACCCCCAAACCCUCCGUUCCUGCCCCAGCCCAUUCCAGGGGACACCCUUCUCAACAGUGUCUGUGUGAAUAGCAGAGGAAGGAAGAGCUCACCCCAGCUGGGCUCCUGAGCCAGGGCCAGGGCUCCUGUGAAACCCGCCGUGCUUCGCUCUGAGCAAGGCCAUCCUGCAUGCUUAAUCGGCUAUUUAAGGAGCUGUUCGCCAGCAACCCAGACAGUCCCCACUCCCCACGUACACCCGUCCAGAGCCACCUUAAAAGCGGGAGGCAAUUGUGAAGUAGCUGGCCAGCAAGUGGAGUGAAGACUGCAGAGGGAGAUAUAAAAAAGAGAGGGCAGAAAGAGAGGCAGAGAGAGAUUUAUCCUGGGGACCCAGAAACUCAUGGUACCCCACUGAAAACCAAAUCCCCUGGAAGCCCGCAGAGACACAAAGAAAGCAAGAGAAAAAGGAUACCAUGUUGUUCUUCACCCUCCUGCUAGAGGUGAUUUGGACCCUUGCUGCCAACGGGGGUCAACACUGGACAUAUGACGGUCCACAUGGUCAAGACCACUGGCCAGCCUCCUACCCUGAGUGUGGAAGCAACGCCCAGUCCCCCAUCAACAUUCAGACAGACAGUGUGACUUUUGACCCUGAGUUGCUACCUCUGCAGCCCCAUGGAUAUGAACAGCCUGGCACCGAGCCUUUGGACCUGCACAAUAAUGGCCACACAGUGCAACUCUCUCUGCCCCCUACCCUGUAUCUGGAAGGACUUCCCCGAAAAUACGUAGCUGCCCAGCUCCACCUGCACUGGGGUCAGAAAGGAUCCCCGGGGGGGUCAGAGCACCAGAUCAAUGGCGAAGCCACAGCUGCAGAGCUCCACAUCGUACAUUAUGAUUCUGAUUCCUACGAAAGCUUAAGUGAGGCUGCUCAGAGGCCUCAGGGCCUGGCUGUCUUGGGCAUCCUCAUUGAGGUGGGUGAGACUAAGAAUCCAGCUUAUGAACACAUUCUGAGUCACUUGCAUGAAAUCAGGCAUAAAGAUCAGAAGACCUCAGUGCCUCCCUUCAACCUGAGAGAGUUGUUCCCCCCACUGCUGGCGCAGUUCUUCCGUUACAAUGGCUCGCUCACCACACCGCCCUGCUACCAGAGUGUGCUCUGGACAGUCUUCAGUCGAAGGGCCCAGAUUUCAAUGGGACAGCUGGAAAAGCUUCAAGAGACACUGUUCUCCACAGAAGAGGAGCCCUCUAAGCUCCUGGUACAGAACUACCGAGCCCCCCAGUCUCUCAAUCAGCGAACGGUCUUUGCUUCGUUCAUCCAAGUGGGAUCCUUGUAUACCACAGGUGAAAUGCUGAGUCUGGGAGUGGGAAUCCUGGUUGGCUGUCUCUGCCUUCUGCUGGCUGUUUAUUUCAUUGCUAGAAAGAUUCGGAAGAAGAGACUAGGAAACCGGAAAAGUGUGGUCUUCACCUCAGCACGAGCCACCGAGGCAUAGACUCCUUCCCAGUCACCACAGAUGCCUUCCCCUCGCCUAUCAGGGAGCUUCUAAAGUGGGGCGCAGGGACUGGCCAGAAAAUACUGUAGGAGUCGGCUGACAUCCCUCCUUCCUCCAGACAGCCCCUACACAGAGGUAUGGACAGGCUCUCAUUCAAGGAAGAACAACAGAACCUUCAGCCUCUCAAAACAUGUAGAUCAGGACAGCCCUAUGUUGACAAUGCAGAGGGUAAACUGUGUUUAGUUGUAGGGGAAGCUGGGGAUGUGCCCCAAAGUCCCCCACCCCCUCAUCCUUAUAUCCCUGUCCCUAGAUAUAGUACAAGAUCUCCCCUUAGGAAAAAGGGUUGCUGCUGUUAUAUUUUUUUCCCUCAAUAUAUUAGGAAAUUAAAUUUGCCGACCCCGCCUCCGGCCUUACUUUGGGGGCUCUUGAGAACGGGAGAGUUCCUUAAUGCCUCAGAUGGCAGAGGUGGGCAAAGGGUAGGGAAAAGGAAGAAUGGGUGAAUAACUCCUUUUACCCCAGUUCUGGAGAAGGGGAGAUCCACUUCUGGAAAAUGCUUAACCCAGAGCUUCUGACAUGUUAGACACCCAGCCCAGAUUUCUGCCCUGUAUCGAAGCUAUGCUUGGAGGGAACCAGAGGUUGCCAGGUUAGGAGGGAGGUUGGAAAAGAGACAUGAGAGGGCAGAAACCUCAAUUAACAUGUUAUCCCCUCCUUUUAAAGCCAAGUUCCCCCACAAUUAUAAAGUCCUUUUUAUUAGUCAAAAUCACAAUCACCUUGAUUAAAAGGAUAGGAUAUGCCAUCCUCAGCAGAAAAUGAUACAGUUUAUAGAAAACCUCCCCGCCCCCCCCAACACCUCCCAAUUAAAAACUAGAAAAAAAUCUGCCCUCCUUCCCUGCGAUGUCACGGUAGGCUGACUCCCCAGUGGCACUGCGGCUCUGGGGUGGGCCAGCUCCCCGCAGCACCCUCCAGUACACCUUGGGGAGAGGAGGGAUGCUGGUGGUCAAGGAGGUUGAAACAGUAGUUCCAGUAAUACCAGUUCCCAAACAUGCACUUCCUUCCUUUCCCCCAAAGCCUGGGACCAAGGGGAAAGCUGGAUAGAUAUAAGCCCAGCCAUAAGGAGCAAUUUGAGGAGGGAAAACAUAGUCCAAGGACGUUAGGAGAAGAAUUCCAACAUACUUCCUCCCUCCUCCCGCUCAAAAAAAAAAAGGCAAUUUGGGGGUCUUUAUCACACCAGAAAUGGUUCCCCUCAGA